AUGACUAUCAAUUCAAAAGAUGAUAAAAAAAUAAAGACCAUCACAAAUAUUGAGGUUAAAAAACCACCCAUUUUAAAAUCAAUUCAUAAUGAAAGAUUAAGAGUUUUUUUAAUUGGAUCAACAUCAGGAUAUUUGGGCGGUUUUCUAUUAUACAAUUUAAUAAAGUUAUUCAGUGUAGAAAAUGUUUAUUGUUUAAUAGAAGAUAGUAAAACUACAAGCGAGGCAAUGGAAGAGAUAAAAGACAAUCUUAAGCAUUACAAUUUAUAUUCAAGUAUAUUUGAAGAUAAUUUUAUAAAAAUAAUACCAGUAAUUGGUAAUUUAAAUAAAGAAAAUUUCAAUUUAUCCGUUUUGCAAUACAACCAUUUGUUGUAUUCAACCAAUAUGAUAUUAAAUUCAAAGCUUUAUGAUGAUUCGGUGGGUAAAGAUCAAAGUGAAAAUGACGAGCAAUCAAAUCAUCUUACCGAAAUGAUAAAAUUUUCAAAAAGUGGUGCUGUAAAAAGAAUUGUUUAUAUCUCCAACAUAUAUAGUAUUAAAGAUGGUAUCGAGGGUCAAUUAAAAAUGGCAUCAAAAAACGAAAUCCCAUGUCAAAUCAUCAGAAUAACAAACUACCUAUUGCCAACAAUCGAGCUCAAUAAUAACUGUUGUAGUGGAGGUAUUGUCAAAAGAGGCAUCAAUACUAACAAUGGUAGCACGGUUUUUUAUAAUGAUUUUGAAUUAUUAAUUGAAUUAUGCAAAAUUUUAAAUUACUAUCCCAGUGGUUGCAAAAAGAUCAAACUUUUGCAAUCACCAAUCAAUUGGGUUGUAAACAAUAUCAUCAACUUAAUAUUUAAUGACAAGUGUUGGUGCCAAACUAAUAAUUUAAAUUUAAAUAUUUUAAAUUUAAUUGCAGAGCAGACAGUAUCGCUAAAGGAUUACUUUAAGAUAAUGGAAACCGAAUACAAUAUCAAAAAGCUAAAUAUCAACGAGUGGAAAAUUAAAUUAAAUCAAUUACCAACAAUGACAUCAACAGUAGAUGGUUUAGUAAUUUCAGAUGAAAUUAAAAGCAAGUUUGAUAAUUUUGAUACCUUGUGUUUAUCAAUUAAUAAAUCUUUACCCAAUUGCAAAAAUCUAUUAAUCGAAAUGAACUCUUAUCACGGUUGGAAGGUACACAAUAAUUUAAUUAAACUGUACUUAAAUAAUAAAUUUAAAUAA